UUCCCUCGAGUCUUCAGACGCGCUUUACGGCGGCGCUGGCGCCACGGAGCUGAAGAUGUCCGCUGCGAGCCGGGAGGAGCGCUCUGGUCCUCCCGGCAGCUUUGCGAAGCGGAUCCUGGUGACCGGGGGUGCUGGUUUCAUUGCGUCCCAUGUGAUUGUCUCCUUAGUAGAAGAUUAUCCCAACUAUAUGAUCAUAAACCUAGACAAGCUGGAUUACUGUGCAAGCUUGAAGAAUCUGGAGCCUGUUUCUAACAAGCAAAACUACAAGUUCAUACAGGGUGACAUCUGUGAUUCUCACUUUGUGAAGCGGCUGUUUGAAGCGGAGAAAAUAGACAUAGUCCUACACUUUGCUGCACAGACUCAUGUAGAUCUUUCAUUCGUCCGUGCCUUUGAGUUUACGUAUGUCAAUGUUUAUGGUACUCAUGUUCUGGUAAAUACUGCUUAUGAAGCCAGAGUGGAGAAAUUCAUUUACGUCAGCACAGAUGAAGUAUAUGGAGGCAGUCUCGAUCAGGAGUUUGACGAGUCGUCACCCAAACAACCUACAAACCCCUACGCCUCAUCCAAAGCAGCCGCUGAGUGCUUUGUGCAGUCCUACUGGGAACGGUACAAGUUUCCAGUUGUCAUCACCAGAAGCAGCAACGUGUAUGGACCACAUCAGUAUCCAGAAAAGGUUAUUCCAAAAUUCAUAUCUUUGCUACAGCACGACAGGAAAUGCUGUAUUCACGGGUCAGGGCUUCAGAGAAGGAACUUCCUUUACGCCGCCGAUGUGGUGGAGGCCUUUCUCACUGUCCUCACAAAGGGAGAGCCAGGCGAAAUCUACAAUAUCGGGACCAACUUCGAGAUGUCAGUGGUCCAGCUUGCGAAAGAAUUGAUACAGCUGAUCAAAGAGACCAAUUCAGACUCUGAAACAGAGAGGUGGGUGGACUACGUAAGUGACAGACCUCAUAACGACAUGAGAUAUCCAAUGAAGUCUGAAAAGAUUCACAGCUUAGGAUGGAAGCCCAAAGUGCCGUGGGAAGAAGGAAUAAAGAAGACAGUUGAGUGGUACCGAGAGAAUUUUCACAACUGGAAGAAUGCAGAAAAGGCUUUAGAACCCUUUCCAGUCCAGCCACCAUUUAUAUAACUGCCAGUUGCAGAGAAGAGGACACCAGCGCACCUCAGCCAGUGACACAGUCAAGUGCCUGAAUGAAGUCUUCUCUCCUGGGCUGGGCGAUGCUCUCAGCACAGAUCGCGUGCAGAGUCAUCGGCAUCAGCAUCAGCAUUGGUCGAGAGCUCACUGUGGAGAUGCCCUCGGCAGACUUCUCCAGGGACUCAGGCACUGGUCCAGCAGAACGUUCUGCUCAGCAGAAGCUUAGACACGAGCAGGGCGGGGCCCUGGCUCUGAGCAAAGGCAGGAAGUGGUACCGUGCAUGGCAACCUGGGCUGCUUUUCCCAGCCUUCCGCAAUACCAGGAUUUUCUGUCUUGACUGUAUUUUCUAAGGUCCGAUGAUGUGAAAAUUGAGCAAAAUGGAAGACUAGCACUUUUAAACUUUUGAUAAUUUUGUAAAAUUAAGUUAAAUAGAUUUUAAAGGUAAGAUGUUAAUUUCUUACAUUUUUUAAAUCAGUAGUUGAUUUUAUAUAACCUGUAUCAGAGAUUUUAUCAUGUAUUUACUAUUUACAAUAGUUUUAUUUAUGAAAGUGUCAAUAUAUUUUAAUAUAUUAAAUGCUGAUUGUGGCUUUUUUAGUGAA